UCCUGGUUAUAAACUGAAAAGAAGACUACUUAAAAUGAGAACCUCUCUGCAUAUGUGACUGUGAUUGUCUGUAUAUCAGAGUAGAGAAGUCAUGUUGCAUCACGUGUGUGUUGUUUAAAACCAUGGAGCCGGGGUUAGAGUUCAGUAAAUACUGAUGAUGUCAUCGUCUGAAGAUGGCUGAAGGAGAAGGCUGGUGGGGAGGCUGGUUUCAGCAGAGCUUCCAGGCCGUCAAAGACAAGUCAUCUGAGGCCCUAGAAUUCCUAAAGCGAGACCUGACAGAGUUCUCCACUGUGGUGCAGCAUGACACAGCCUGCUCAAUUGUGGCUACAGCCACUGCUGUCAGAAACAAACUUGCAGUGGAAGGCUCCUCAGAGACCACAGAAAAGGUGAAGAAGAGCCUCUCUAGUUUCUUAGGAGUCAUAACGGACACACUUGCUCCACCCCCUGAUAAAACCAUCGACUGUGAUGUCAUCACGUUGGUGGCGACGCCAGCUGGAACCACAGAGGUUUAUGACAGUUCCAAGGCACGUCUCUACAGUUUGCAAGCUGACCCUGCUACAUACUGCAAUGAGCCUGACGGUCCCCCAGAGCAGUUUGACAACUGGCUGUCCAGCUUCAGUCUGGAAGAAAAGAAAGGAGAAAUCUCAGAGCUUUUGGUCAACAGUCCCUCUAUACGAGCGCUUUACACCAAAAUGGUGCCAGCAGCUGUAGCCCACUCAGAAUUUUGGCAAAGGUAUUUCUACAAAGUCUUCCAGUUGGAUCAGGAGGAAGCAAGGAGAGUAGCACUGAAGCAGAGAGCAGAACAGACGACACACACAGAGACCCUGGGCUGGGAGGAGGAGGAGGAGGAUGAUUUCCUUGGCGCCUCGUCAUCAUCUCAACUCAACUUUACAACCCCCCUGGACAACACCUCAACCCAGCAGGCCACGACCUCGACAUCUCCCACUCUUCUGAGUCCCAUCCUGUCUCCGAGCGAAGAGCGCGACGCCACACUCUCAGUUAGCAGUGACAGCGUCAGCCUGCCGACGCAGGUGGAAGUGCGGCCGGAGCCCGUUACCACAGAGCUGGCCGAGAAACUGACCGAGGCUAGCUUGGAAGAUGUUGUGGACAAGACACAAGAAGAGCAGAGGCCUGGAAAGAGUGACUCAGCUCCUGAAGCUCAAAUGGAAGCUGUAACCCAGCCAGGAGUCACUGUUGACGGGGCACCGGUGAGGACCACUACUUCUAAACCAGAGGCAGCAAAGGAAGAGGGUCCACAGGACCUGAGAGUGUUUGAGCUAAACUCUGACAGCGGGAAGUCUACGCCCUCUAACAAUGGCAAGAAAGGGUCCAGCACGGACGUGAGUGAGGACUGGGAGAAAGACUUUGACCUGGACAUGACAGAGGAAGAAGUUCAACUGGCACUCUCUAAAAUAGAAGACUCUGGAGAGCUGGAUGAAGACUGGGAGAACUGGGACUGAGCCACAGCAACACAAACUCUGUCCCGCCAUUAAAGCUAGUUCUCGGCAGACGAACCAUGCUUAAACAUGUUUUAACUCUUUGUCCACACUGUCACCAUGUCAUGAUUGUCAGUAGGGGAUUUUUCUGGCGGGGUUGGACCAUAUUGGUAAACCUGUUGGAAAGAGCAAUGGGAAGACCGAGGCAAUAAGAAUUAGACCGCUUCGUCAGCUGUCAGUUUAGUGCAGAUUGGCCGCUUGCGAGGGAAAAGACUCGAGUCUUGGUUUUUUUCUUGGAGUAAUUUCUUACUUUGAGGCUAUGACACUAGUAACAGACAGAGGUUGUAAUCAUUCUGACCUUAAAGGUUAAGGACACGCAGCGACAAGUCAGAAUGUGAAAUGUUUCGCAGCAGCAGGGGAGGAGCUGUUUUUCCCUUUUUUCUUUAUGCCAUUAAACACAUCAUGUGCGUUGCGAGUGUAUUUCAAGUUGGGCAAUGACUUAACUGCAGGCUGCACAAUAGCCAUAAACUGUAAUGCUGCUUCUAAACCUUUCUAAGAUGAAAUACUUCGCAAGUGAUUUUUUUUUAAUAAUAGCGAUGAAUUUGAUUCUACCUGUGCCCCGCUUUCUUUCUUUCUUUCUUUCUUUCUUUCUGUCUUUCUCGUCUUUAUUAUGCAAGUGAAUCUUCAAAAUGGAAAAAAAAUAUUUCGGCCUUCAUUCACAGAGCACUUUUCAUUUUGGAUUCACUCCCAACUCUAGAUAUAUGGCCUUUUAAAACACACAGUAGUGUGACAACGUUAUCCAAAUGUUUUUGUAACAAGUCGGUCAUCUGAAACACAACCAGCUAACGUUUCAUUAUCAGUUCUCUUUCCCCCUCUCUUUGUCAUAUGGUGAUUGAUUUGAGUAUAUGAGCUUGUUGCAGGCUACAUGUUGUUUUCUGUCACUUUUACAUGUUUCACUUGUGUAUGUCUUACUUGGGUAGAGCAAAUUCAUUAAUGAUUAUUAAGAGAGAGGUCAUAUUUGAUUUUAUAAAGAGAAUUCAGACUGGCCCCGGUCACACGGUACCGGACUAUUUGGCUCGAGAUCGUGAGUAGCAUCAAAUCUGUGACAUUUUUAAGUUUUUCUGUCGGCCUAUGUUUGGAACAAAAUAGCUCAGCAGGCAGUGUACCAAGUAGACGAAUAAGCAGCGUGAGCACGCUCCAUGCUUUUAUGGUUUCCUUUUCCAUCUUCUGUAAUGUAGCUGAGGAAAAAAAUAAGCCUAGAGGUGUAAUAUUUAUACUAAAAUAAAUGCUUAAUUAUUGUAUUAUGUGCUUUGGAUUGCAUGUCUGUGCAAUAACAUUAUGCAAAACAUUGUGCAGAUAGUUACUGUUGAGUUGUAUGUUUUGUUUUUUAUUCGUUUCUUUUUUGGUAAAGACAUUGGCUUGUUCUUCAGGUUCUUUGUGUUCUGACAAUGUGUUGCAUGUCUAUAAUUCUCGGCUGUGUAUUCCCUUCAGAUUCACACUUUGAACUAAUCAAAGCUGUUCUACACACAUCUGUUUUCAAAGCUGUCAAAGUUCUUUUUUAAGUCAAGUAUUUCACUAUAUUUUUCAAAUGAUCGUUGUCAUUAAAGGAUUCAUGGCUAAUGGA